UUGCUGUAUAAAAGGCAGUGAGGGCAUUUCACAUACGUCCACAAACUGAGAGGAGAAGGUUUGUGGUGGAACUUCUUUGUUUAAAGACCUGAGAAGAAAUGGGUCCCACUUUCCAGGUAGCACUAUGCCUUGGGAUGCUUGCAUUGAGCUUUGCACUCCCCAAAACAAGAGAGGUCCGCUGGUGUGUGAAGUCAGAAAGCGAGAAUAAGAAGUGCAAAGAGCUUGCUAACCAAUGUAAGCAUCCGGACAUCACACUGAGCUGCGUGAAAAAAGCCAACACUGACGACUGCUUUGUUGCCAUUCAAAAUGGAGAAGCUGAUGCUAUUGGACUGGAUGGUGGCGAUGUUUACAGAGGGUCUUUGCACCCUUAUGACCUGAAGCCAAUCAUGUCAGAAAAAUAUGACUCUAAAACAGGUGAAGAAACAUGCUAUCAUCCAGUUGUAGUGGCGAAAAAAUCAACUACAUUUACAAUUAGGGAGUUGAAAAAUAAGAAAACUUGCCACACUGGAGUAGGAAAGACAGCAGGCUGGAACAUUCCUAUUGGAUGGCUUAUUAAGGAGAAAUUCAUUGAAUGGCCUCGACCUAUUUCCAUUGAAAAAGCGGUUACAGAGUUAUUCUCAUUUAGCUGUGCUCCCGGAGCCAAAGAACCUAACUUGUGCAAGCAGUGUGCUGGGAUAGGAGAUAAAAAGUGUACCCGUUCUCCUGAUGAGCCUUACUAUAACUACGAUGGCGCCUUUAAAUGUUUGAAAGAUGAUAAGGGAGAUGUAGCAUUUGUCAAACACACAACUGUACCAGUUGAAGAAUCUAAAAAUUAUGAGCUGCUGUGCCCAGACAAUACUAGAAAACCUAUUGAAGACUAUAAAAAAUGUAACUUUGCAACGGUCCCUGCGCAUGCCGUGGUGACAAGAAGCAUAGGAGACAAGACUAAGGAUAUUGUUGAAUAUCUUCAAAAUGCUGAGGAAAAACAAUGCAAACUCUUCAGCUCUGAACACGGGAAGGAUCUUCUUUUCAAAGACUCUGCAAUUGGUUUCCUUGCUCUGCCAAGUGUGAUGGACACCUUCUUGUAUCUUUCACCAAAUUAUUACACUUCUAUUAAAGCUUUGCAUGGAGUACAAAGCAAUUUAGCGGAAGGCAAAGUGCGCUGGUGUACACAAAAUCUCCAGGAGAGGACAAAAUGUGACGACUGGACACCUGUAAGUGGUGGCGCCAUUGAAUGCACUUCAGCAAACUCAGCAGAAGAAUGUAUACAGCAGGUUCUGAAAGGUGAUGCUGAUGCAGUUACAUUGGACGGAGGGUUCCUGUAUACUGCAGGGAAGUGUGGACUGAUACCAGUAAUGUCAGAAUACUAUGAUAAAGAUAACCUGGCACCAUGCAGAUCAUCAGGAACAACAUCACAAGGUGUUUAUUAUGCUGUAGCAGUUGGAAAAAGUGUAAACAAAAACCUUUCAUGGAAGAACCUCAGAGGCAAGAAGUCAUGUCACACUGGUGUAGGCCGCACAGCUGGUUGGAAUAUUCCUGUUGGUCUGAUUUAUAAUGAGACACAAAAUUGUAACAUAGGUGAAUUCUUUAGCCAGAGCUGUGCUCCUGGAUCCGAUGUUAAUUCAAACUUGUGCAAAUUAUGCAUUGGAAAUCCAAAAUGUGCUCCGAAUGCGAAAGAGCUAUUAUAUGGAUACUCAGGAGCCCUCAGGUGCCUAGCGGGAGAAGGAGAUGUUGCUUUUGUGAAGCAUACAACAGUGCUUGAGAAUACAGAUGGUGCUAACAAGGCUGACUGGGCAAAAAAUCUAAAAUCAGAGGAUUUUGUGCUUUUGUGUCCUAAUGGCAACCGUAUGCCUGUUGAUAAAUAUAAAGAAUGCCAUCUUGCUAAGGUUCCUGCUCAUGCCAUUGUGACUCGACCGGAAAAGAGGAAGGAAGUUGCAAAAAUCCUUGUCGAUCAGCAGUCAUUGUUUGGAAGGCAAGGAUCUGAAAGAGAUAUGUACAAUAUCUUUGACAAUUCACGAGGCAAGGACCUCCUCUUUAAGGACUCCACACAAUGCUUGCUGCCUAUCAUUGAGGGCACUACAAUGGAACAAUUUCUUGGAGAAGAAUACGUUUCUGCAGUGGCUGGUGUUAAUAAAUGUUCUACAAAAUCAGAGCUCCUUUCUGCCUGUACAUUUCACAAGUGCUGAAGAGUUAUGGUCAAGAUGUAAAAAAAAAAACUUCCACAAUCUUCUCCUGCUCAAGUGGUCCAGAUAGCAAUAAUUUUAUCUUACAUCAUAAGUUUUCUCUGUAUUUUCAAUAAAUAGUUUAUAUCUGUU